GGGCGGCGGCGCGCGAUCAGCUGACCCUGGCGGGGGACGCAACACCGAAGCCGGGCGGUCGCGGCGGGACACGACCUGAACCUUUGCUGUGCAGCUGGUGUGUCUGGGCCCUGAGAAUAAGUGUACAACUAAGAUGAGGUCAAGCUUGUUGCAACCCUGGACACCCAUUCACUCAGUGCUGUUUGAACCAGAGAACCUUUGCCUGCCUCAGUGCACCAGAGCCCACCCUCCUGGGCUGGAAGCCCUCCCUCCACAACCAUGGUCUGGAAGAAACUGGGCUCUGGCAACUUCUCCAGCUGCCCCAAUGGCUCCCGCCGGUGGAUAUGGGAUGUGUUUGGUGAAUGUGCCCAGGAUGGCUGGGACGAGGCCAGUGUGGCCCUGGGCUUGGUCUCCAUUCUCUGUUUUGCUGCAUCCACUUUCCCCCAGUACAUCAAGGCCUGCAAGACAGGCAACAUGGACCAGGCCCUGUCCCUGUGGUUCCUCCUGGGCUGGAUCGGUGGAGACUCCUGCAACCUCAUCGGCUCCUUCCUUGCUGACCAGCUGCCCCUGCAGACCUACACAGCUGUGUAUUACGUCUUGGCAGAUCUGCUGAUGCUGACACUGUACUUCCAUUACAAGUUCAAGAAAUGCCCCUCCCCGUUAGCUGCCCCCAUCAAUUCUGUGCUCUUGUUCACCUUGGGGACGGUGUGUUCCACGCCACUGCUGAGCAGCUCUGGCCCUGUGGCUGCCCCGAGGGAGGUCUUCCGGGGGCGGACGCUCCUGUCUGUGGAGCCGGGCAGUAAGCCCUUCACUCGGCAGGAGGUCAUUGGCUUCGUCAUUGGCUCCAUCUCCAGCGUGCUGUACCUGCUCUCCCGGCUGCCUCAGAUCCGCACCAACUUUCUACGGAAGUCGACUCAGGGAAUCUCCUACUCGCUGUUCGCAUUGGUGAUGCUGGGGAACACGUUGUACGGACUGAGCGUGCUGCUCAAAAACCCUGAGGUGGGCCAGAGCGAGGGUAGCUACCUGCUGCACCACCUACCGUGGCUCGUGGGCAGCCUGGGCGUGCUGCUGCUGGACACCAUCAUAUCCUUUAGGUUUCUGGUGUACAGGAACAAUGCCUCUUCCCCAGAGUGUGAGCCCCUCCUCCCCAGCUGACCAAUGCCAGGCUGAGCCCAGGAUGAGAGGGACCUCCAGAUGCCACACCCAGGAAAGGAGAGGUGUGGACGGAGACAGUGCUGCUGCCUCUGGAUUGGGCCGUGGAGGAAGCCUGUGGGAAGUAGAACUCCCGGCCUGCCUACCUCCCCAGCACGCCUGGAAUCCUUUUCCAGAGCAAGACGCUCCCAUGGGCGGCCUACCCCGCCCUGCCUCGGAACACCUCCCAGGUCUGAGGCAGCUGUCCCUGGCAGCCUCGAGUGAGGGGCUGCAGCUGGGACCUCAGGACCUCUCGGAAGACAGCGCAGCUGCCCCUCCUGCCCACCUACCUCAUUCUGCCUGCUGCCCCCCUGGAGGGGCCACAGCUGCAGCCUGGUGGACCCAGGACUGUCCUGUUGACUCCAGACAACCUAGUAAAUGGUACCUCCCAGCAAGGCCUGUUUCUGUUGCUCCUUCCCCAAGGUGCUGGAGUCUGGGCUGCCAUGGGGAACAGUGGUGGAUGGGGAUCCGGGGGGGUACCCGAGCAGGAGGGGGCCACACCUACCUGCAGCCCUGGCCCAGCCUUCCAGCCCUCUGAUUUCUUUAACCUGCAGCAAGAAUGACACACUGACAGGGUCCCUGCACCUCGGCGCUCAGGAAGAAGCAGAAUAGUUAAAGCUCAGAUCUCAGUUCUGCAUCUUAGCUUCUUGGUGGCCACGUUACUUCAUCUGCGAAGAUGACAGACAGUACUACCACUUCACGUGGACUUUUAAGGAGUAAAUACAAUGGUGUAAUUAUGGAGUUUAGCCCUCAAGUCUGGCACAUAGUAAGAGCUCAAUGAAAGUUAGCUUUGAUGGUUUCUAAUUGGAGGAAAGGGACAACCAGGUCUGCCUGGAGAUCAGGAGACAUUCCCAGAGGAGGUGACAGGCCAGAUCAGGAGUCCUGCAGGCAGGAGGAGGUGCAAGAGCAGGGCAGGAAGGCAGAGAGUGGGCAGGGCCUAGCCCUGGGUUCUCUUUCCUGGGCUCCAACCUUGGUUUGUUUCCAGACUCUGUUCUGAUUCCACCUUCCCGUCAGUCACAACCUCGUGGGUGCCUGGGGGACAGCAUCAGCUCCCCUCCUUGCUGGCCUGAUCUUGCCCCCUCACACCCCACCCUAGGUCCAAAAGUCCAGAGCCUGGGACCUGGGGGCCAUCUGGUGGGCUGGUCCCAGGUGGGACUGAGGGCUGGCCUCGGGGAAAUGAGCCUUUCUUUUAGAAUCUUCCUCUCCCAGCCUCAGAGAAAGAAAGGGGCACACUGGCCCAUCCUGGUCCCAUGGAUACUUGGCAAUCACAGCCUUCCACUCGGCUUAUGCUGUGUUGGGCUUCUGGGAUAUGGGCAAACCAGCUCUGGUCCCUGCCCUCAAGGAGAAGAGAUGAUUGGCAGGUCCUGGUGGUUAAGAGCUGUGACCACAAGGUAGAAAGUGCCAUAGGAAUGAGGAGAUGAGACCUGCCUCUGGAGAAUCAAUCAGGGAUGGCUUCAUGGAGGAGUGGCCUUUGCACUGGAUCGUGAAGGCAGAGGGGAGGCCGAUCAGGAAAAGGGACGGGCAUGUGGGUGGGUUGGUCUGGGGUGCUCCCAAGGUGGGGCUGCUUACAAAGAGCCUUGAAAGCCAGGCUAAUGCUGAGGACAGGGACAAGGUUCUGGGGCAGGGCCAGCCGCAGCAGCUCAGCAGCAGAUGACGGGUUGGUUGGGGGAAGAGCCUUUGUUGCCGGAAAGGAGGGAAUUGGGAUCUGAGAUUCUGGUGGGCAGUGAGGGAGGGUAGGGCCAGUCUCCCCCAGUCCUGUACUCCUGGGGGAUGGCCCGUGAGCCAUCUGACAUGCAGCGGACAUUUAUUGAGAACUUGCUCUGUGCUGGGCUCUAUCAUUCUGUCCUCACAACCCCCCCCCCAGAGACAAGUGGUAUUAUCAUGGCCAUUUUACAGAUGGGGAACAGGCUGAGAGGAACUGUGCGACUUGCCCAAGGCCGCCCAGCUAGGAGUGGUUGCUGUUUGCUACACAUUAGGUCCUCUGCUGUGGGGCCAUCUCAUACUGGCUGGGGGUCCAGGGCUUGUGACCACGUGUGGGUCAGCCUCACCCUCAGGUGCAACCCAAACCCUGCUGGGCUCAGCUCUCCUACCGUCCUGAGCAGCGACUUCCACGAGCCUCCAGCCCUGCCCGGAUUGCAGGGGAAGAUGCCUCAGGUCCUGGGCCCCAGCUGGCUCGGGCCUGUGCCUGCUUCACAUGCCCUUUGCCAGCAAGAUGUCUGGCUCCAUGCAGGGCUGGACCUGGCUUGAUGCCAGUUACCUGGGGCCAGGUGGCACCCUUCCCAGCCUGAAGACCUGGGGGCUCAGUAUGGCAGCAUGAACCCUAAGUACAGGCCUGAACCGGAGCUGGGUGGGGAAGAGAGAAAAUAACACAGGCCCUGCCUCGGGAAGCCCUUGUCUGAUGGGAUGACAUCAUCUCUUCUGGGAUACACCCAGUCUGGUGGGAUGAUAGCUCUUGCUGUCAGCCAGGAGCUAUGGUUCCUUCCUCCUCGGGAAGCCCCCAGUCUGAUGGGGGAGACCUGGUCCCUGCCCCUGGGGAGUGCCCUGUCUGAUGGAGGAGGUACAUUCCCUGUCCUCAGAGAGUCUCGCCUGCAGCUCAUGCACACCUUGAUCCCCCCUUCCCUUUGGAGGCUUCAUCCCACUGCCCCAAGUAGGAUUCAAACUGGUGGAGCCAUCUCUGGUGCUGGAAGAACCUGGUGGCCUGUCCUAGGGCCGCAUGGUCUGUGCCCUGGGUCCCUAGAACCUUGUUG